UCCAGAUGAAUUUUCGAGAUUAUAGAUAAACAAUUACCUCUUCAUGAAAAUGGCUUUUUCUAAGCCUUUGUCUAGGAUGGUGUCACAAGUUGUUCUUGAUUUGGAUGAUGGAAUUGUGAAUGACGUCUUAAAGAGGUUUUUACUCAAGUAUAACAAGCAGUGGAAUACCAAAGUGGCACAUAACCUAGUAGGGAAGACUUCAAGGGAAGCUGCUACCAUUUUCUUGCAAGAUUAUGGACUCCCUCUGAGUGUUAAAGAAUUAAUGGAUAUGAUUACCCGGUUGUUCUCUGACCAGUGGUACAACAUUAAAGCUUUUCCAUGUGCCAAUCAGUUGAUAAAGCAUUUGAGUAGUAAUGGGGUUCCAAUGGCUUUGGCUUCAAACCCACCAAAAUUGAACAUGGAAGGCAAAAUUUCUGACCACCAUGGAUGGAAAGAGUCCUUUUUAGCCAUUGUUGGUGGAGAUGACGUUAUAAAUGGAAAGCAAUCACCUGAUAUAUUUCCUAAAGCUGCUAAAAGGAUUAACACUGAACCAUCAAACUACCUAGUGAUUAAAGACUCACUAAAAUGUUGCAGGUAAACGACCCGGCUUGACUACCAAUACUC